GAAGUGUGGCGUCUCCUAGCAACGGAGAUGCAACAUAAACAUUGCAGGUCUAGCGCUGGUAAUUGAUCACAACACAGAAAUAACAUAAUAAAAUAUUUAUCCAGAAUAAAGGGAUUCAUUACUUAAGCUGGAGAAUUGUGGAUGUAACGGCUCUCUGCAACUUAGAAACAAGAUACAACAGAAACAGAAAUGGAAAGUGGUGGGUGUGAUGGAGUUCUACCAGAGGAUCAAACGAAUAGGCAGGAAGAGGGUCCGGAUGAAUUCACUGAGCCUAAAGAGGGGGAAUCGAUGGAGCUUUCAGACAAUUAUGACAGAGACAUCGAUCAUGCUGGGACCAGUGGAUCGAUUCAUUUGGACAAUUCUGAAAUAAACAACAGGUGGACACCUAUUAUACCACAACACACUCUCCAGCUGGAGUUCAGUGGCACUGAGGCAGAAGGUGGAGUCAGAGAGGAAGAUGAGGAAGAGGAAGAAGUUGUGGUGCUGGAUCCUGAGCAUCCUCUAAUGAAGAGAUUCCAGUCUGCAUUGAAAAAAACCCUCAGCAAUCAAGUGGAGAGAUUAAACCUCGAGCUCCGUGAGAAAAUAGUAGCGGAGAAGGCAGAGGCUCAGAGGCGCCAUGAACUUGCUGAAGAGGUAUACAUGGUCCACAAGAUGUUGGCCAGACUUCAGGCCUCUCUGGAGGCAAGUCAUGAGGCCAGUGCCCAGGCUGUUGCUCAGCGUAGACAGGCCCAAGACCAUCUGGAUGGGGUAAAAAAUCAGUACCAAGAUAUUGCCAGUCGGACCAAAAAACAACGUAUGCAAGUCUCUGAAUUACAGUCUAAAGUGGACAGCCUGGCUCUGAAGUUGCUUUACAUGAAGGAGGCCAAUAGUGACCUGCGUUUGGACAUCAAAGCAAUAAUAAAUGCUUCACACAAAGUUCAGAAAGAGAGAACUCAGGCAGAGGAGCAAAAAUAUCAGCAGGACCUUUAUGUUGAGCGUUUGACCAAGCAUGUGGAAAAGCUCUCAGAGCAGAUCUCUCUGUAUGAGGUUCAGAUCAUUGCUCAGACUGAGCAGACAAAGGCUGCAAAGGAUGCUCUUUCUGAGGCGCAGCUGGAACUGGACUCAGUGACUGUCGAGCGUAGGCAGUUACUCCAGCAAUGGAACAGCAGCCUGUUAAUGAUGAGGAGGAGAGAUGAGGCUUACACUGCCAUGAAUGAAGAACUGAGGCUGGCCAAUGAUCAGGUGCGCUCUCUGGACACAGAGAUUGAGGGCUAUAAAAAGUCCAUCACACAGGAAGAAGAGCAGAAUGAGCUUCUCACUCUGCAUCUGAACCGAGCCCGGAAUGACUGCACCACCUCACGUAAACUCAUCACACACUCCCAGAACCAUCAGGAAGCCCUACAGGCCCAGUACAUCACAUAUACACGAAUGCUGCAGGAGACAGAGAAGACCCUCAGCACAUUGCGUGGAGACCACGAGGUGCGUCAGUCUGAGCUCAAGGCUCUCAGGAAGCAGAUGGAGAAAGAGUCUGCAGUGCGUUUGGACCUGGAGGACCAGAUCAUGAACAGACUGCAAGAGCAGCUUACUCACAAUAAUGCGGCAAAGUACUCACGCCGACUGACUGAUAAAACUGCUGCACACAGGAGAGAGAAGGAGGCUCAGUUAACCAAAUUGGACAAUGACAUAAACGCAGUUACCCUGGAGGGGCAAGAGGUGGUGACACAUCUGGAUUCUCUGGUUGCAUUUCAAGCUGAACUUGAGCAAGAAAUGAGCCAGCGACACGUGCUGCUGUCUUCUCGCGAGGCAGAGAUUGCUAAACAAGUCACAGAUAUUGAGCGAAAACAGGCCACAAUCAGCAUCUACAACAAGAAGAUCAAGGAUAUUGUGUCCAGUACUGGGCAUGAAGACCUAGGUCCUCUGGAGAUCCAUGCAGCCACCCUGUCUAAGGAGCUGGAGGAAGUUGGUGCUGAGAUUAAAGAGCAGCAGCAGUUGUGGCUUUGGCAGCAGGGGGAGCUAGUGAGAUUCACUCAGGAAAAACAGGCCCACAGCUCCUCUGUACAGAUCCUACAAACACAACUCACAAUACUGCAACAGAGCAAGAUCAGAAAAGAGAGUGAGAUGGAGCAGGAACAGCGCGAGCAGGCAGAUCUGGAUAAACAGAUCAAAGCUCUCAUGGCAGACAUGGUGAAACUGAACUUUCUGCUCAGUAAAAACAGCGAUCUGAAUCAAGCCCUGCAACAGAGCAACAGUCUGAUGGAAACAGAGUUCAGACAGAAACUCAAGGAGGCUGAGAGGGAUUCAGUUGAGACUCAGUUGAAGCUGGAGAGGUUAAAUGAAGAGAAAGAGAGACUCAUCAACAGCCUAGUGGAGGCAGAGCAUCAGAUCAUGCUGUGGGAAAAGAGAACCCAGCUGAUGCGAGAGACUCGCUCUGCCAUAGAUUCAGACAUCGGACAGGGAGGCAUACGAACUAUGAGAGCAGAGAUUCACCGUAUGGAGGUUCGUUAUGCUCAAUUGAUGAAGCAGCAGGAAAGAUUAUUGAGAGACAUGGAGUCAGUGGUGGCCAGACGUGAGACUAUAGCUGUUCGGAGUGAGGAUCAGGCACGAUCCGACCAUAAGCAGCCCACACACAGCGACUACCACAACACUCUCCAGAGCCUCCGCCGAAAGAUUCUCCAAACUAAGAAGCAAGCAGAAGAGUGUGAUGGUCUUAUAGCCCAGCUAAAGGAGAGGCAGGGCUCUAUGACCUCCAGCCUCCGAGUCAAACAUAUGCAUCUCAGUGACCUGCAGAAUACCAGAGUGGUUCUCACCCAAGACCUCAGUGCACUACAAGAAGCCAAAGAGAGAAAUUUGUCUCGUCUGCCCGUACUGCAAGGCCGGGUGAAACACCUGCAGGCUGUUAAAGAGGGACGGUACACUCCGGUGGCAAGCGGAGACACGGCAUUGGAGCUGGCUACACAGAAACAUGAAGAGCGAUUGAAAAUGGUCAGCUCCAUUAUCCAGCAUUUGGCUGAAGAGUACCCUCAGCACCACAGCGCUCUCCACAGGAUCAACCUCACAUUGGCAGAACACCUACACAAUGGACUUCAGGGCUGCCAGUGACCACUGAAAUAUGCAUUACAUAAAAUAAAAGACAUGUAUGUACAUACAUACUUUUGACCUGG